UGGCUGCAUUGCGAGUGCUAAUGCCCGCUGGGUCACGAGUGCGCUACAGAAUUGCAUUUUCAAACCUCUGUGAAUUAAAUUACGGCUUAAUUGUGUCAUUGAAUAGCAACCAGUAAGAAAUAUCAGAAUGAUAAGCGUGGUCAACGAAUUCUUAGACGACCUACGUGGCGGCAGAAUGACUGAGUCACCGAUCGUGAGGGUGGAAGAGGGAGAACUGCAAGGGAAGCUCGUCAACUCGCCCAGCGGCAAAGCCUUCUACAGUUUCCAAGGAAUUCCAUACGCGAAACCGCCCAUUGGAUCUUUGAGGUUUAAGGCCCCACAGCCACCAGAACCAUGGGACGGUGUACGCGAGGCCACUUCAGAAGGGAACAGCUGCGCUCAAAUUGAACCAUUCUUCCACAAAGAGUACUUGGGAGAUGAAAAUUGUCUCUUCCUCAAUGUUUACACGCCAAGUGUGGACGGGGAAUUCCUGCCCGUUAUGGUUUACAUUCAUGGUGGCGGUUUUCGUAUGGGAUCGAGCAGUACUAGCUUGUUUGGUGCAGAUUAUUUAGUAGAAAAAGAUGUAGUUAUUGUUACUAUUAACUAUAGAUGCGGACCUCUAGGUUUCCUGUGUCUGAACACUCCCGACGUACCAGGAAAUGCAGGCGCUAAAGACAUCGUACAGGCUCUUCGAUGGGUAAAAGAGAACAUAAAGAAUUUCGGAGGUAACUCCGGCAAUCUAACUGUAUUCGGUAAAAGUUGUGGUAGUGCUUUGGUCACGCUCCUCACAGCGAGUCCAUUGACGAAGAAUUUAAUAAACAAAGCUAUUAUUCAAUCCGGCACAGCGUUGAAUACUUGGGCGAUUCAAAGAAGUCCAAUAGAAAAUGCAACAGCUUUAGCUAAAGAGCUGGGCUGCGAAUCGAUAGCCAUCGAUGAAAUCUAUGAGUUUCUAUCGACGACACCAGUCAAAGACAUUGUAGAGGCGUACGAGAGGAUGUCACCUUUAGUCGGUACAAUGGAUAAGAAAUUGAAUCCAUUCGCACCGGUCGUCGAAAAAGAAUUUCCAGGUGUCGAAGCUUUCCUAACUGAACCAUUCGUAGAUGUUCUAACAUCUGGUCGAGUAGCUGAUAUACCAGUUAUGAUCGGUUCGACUGCCGUAGAAGUCGCUUUAGUCCACGACACAGACGAUUUACAAUCGUACAUUCCAAAAGACUUGAACAUUGAAAGGAAUUCAGAUGAAGCUUUAGCUAUUGCUGAGAAAAUAAAGGCAUUAUACUUCAAAGGUGAUGUUUCGAGCGAUAAAAGCUUAAACGAUAGAGCUCAUUUAGUAUCUGAUUGUCUAUACAAUAUUAAUAUGCACCGUUAUAUCAAGUACCUCGUUAAUAACUCAAAUAAGCCGAUUUAUUUCUACAAAUUUGAUUACAAUGGUGAAUUGGACUGGAGCAACCAUUUCUUGAAGAGUUUGGACCUGAAACGCGCAGGACAUGUGGAUGAAGUGGGGUAUCUAUUCAAGAAUGACCUGGAGAAGGAAGUUGAGCCGCAGGAUGUUAAGAUGAGGGAACGCUUGCUGAGGCUGUGGACGAACUUCGCUAAGGGCGGCAACCCUACGCCAGAUGAAAACCACUACCUUCCAGUAACAUGGUUGCCAGUCACCGAAGACAAACUUUGUUAUCUCAAUAUUGGCAAUGAAUUGUCAUUGGCUACGAAUCCAGACCAAGAGAAAAUGGAAUUUUGGGAUAAAUUAUACGGAAAAUACUACAAAAUCUGGGAUCAUCCCGCAACAAACGAAAGUAUUGUUCCAAUUUGCGAAAGAAUUGAAUUUUCAACGGCUCCAGUAAUCGUCGAAGAAACUAUUAUAACGACAUCGACAGUCGUUAACAAUGUGGAAACUACAGAGACACAAGUUUUAGUUAACGUGCAAGAGACUGUCGAAUUAAACGAAGAAAUAAAAGGUUUAAUAGUCGACGAUAAUGAAGCUGUUCAUCAAAAUAAUGUAGUCGAUGUUCCUACUGAAGAAAUCGCGGUACCAGACAAUGUACUUGAUUCACACACACCCGACAAUCUUGUACAGGAAGAAGUUGAACCCACUGAAGUUCAAGUUGUUGAACAUUCAGAAGACUUCGGCAUAAAUAUCGUUGAGAUUCAACAGAAAUUCGAAACGCCACAGAAUGGCGUCGAAGAAAUCAAAUUCAACGGUAACUCAGAAAAGAAACCGAGGCCGUCUAAUGAAAUUAAAAUGGUGCCAAGCAAUAACGUGAAUCCUAAAGACGUUAUCAGAGCCAACGAUCCACCGGAAGACGAUUUACCCAAGAACAUCGGAGUCAACAAAUUCGUGAACUUCUUCGAAUCACUGGGCGGGAAGAAGUGAA